AAGCAGUGGGAUAAAGCUUCACAGUGUGAGAGAGAGAGGCAAACUGGGAUAUAUUUCUAUUUAUUUCCCCCCUCUGUUCCCGUUUCUUGGCUCGUUGCAAAAAAAAAAAAGAAAUCAAACGAAAACAGUGGCAAAUUUAGCAUCCUAGCAGCCAGAGCGUCUCCUCGUUCAGAAGACUCUCCGUGUCUAAUGUGACACGUUGGGGUGGAAUCGUGGGACAUUCGGUCACGCAGAGCUAAGGGAAGGAUGGAUAGAGUGAACCGGGUUUUAAACAUCGUAAGACAGAUGUCUCCCAGGAAAAGGGAAAGAGGGUCUCAUUGGGAGGCGGAGAGCCCGGAGACCUGCGAGGAGAGUCUGUGCUCUCUCAGCCUUUGCAUCAGCGACGAUGGGCCGUACUCGAAGGGGAACAAGGACUCGACGGGGCCGGACAACUCGCUCACGUCCAGAAGACAGAGCAUCCCAGAACUGCGUGGGGUUACGCUGGUUGAGCUGAUUAAGAAGGAAGGAAGCACUUUAGGUCUCACCAUCUCGGGCGGAACAGACAAGGACGGCAAACCCCGCGUCUCUAACCUGCGGCCGGGUGGACUGGCGGCUCGGAGCGAUCAGCUCAAUGUGGGCGACUACAUCAAGUCCGUCAACGGCAUCAACCUGACCAAGCUGCGUCACGACGAGAUCAUCAGUCUGCUAAAAAACGUAGGCGAGCGCGUUGUGCUGGAAGUGGAGUAUGAGCUGCCUUCACCUGCGCCAGACAGUACCUCAGGUGUUAUUUCCAAGACAAUCGAGAUAUGUUUGCAGAAAGAGGGCAACAGUUUCGGCUUUGUCAUGCGAGGUGGAUCCCACGAAGACUGGCACAGAUCCCGUCCUUUGGUGGUCACACACGUCCGACCCGGUGGUCCUGCUGACAGGGAGGGGACUCUGAAGGCCGGCGAUCGGAUCCUGAGUGUGGAUGGAGUGGUUUUACACAGCGCUAGUCUGAGCGACGCUCUCACGGUCCUGACUCAGUGUGGCCAGGAGGCUCUGCUCCAGAUCGAGUAUGACGUCUCCAUCAUGGACUCGGUGACGAACGCUUCAGGUCCUCUGCUGGUGGAGAUUGCCAAGGCUCCCGGAGCCAGUCUGGGAAUCACUCUGACCACUGCCAUGCACAGAAACAAACAGGCCAUCGUCAUCGACAAGAUCAAGCCGGCCAGUGUGGUGGACAGUUGUGUGUCUGCGCCGCAGGUCCGGAGCGUUACACGUGGGCGAUCACAUCCUGUGUAUAGACGGCACCAGCACCGAACACUGCUCCGUCCUGGAGGCCACGCAGCUGCUGGCCAGCACCACCGACCAGACCAAACUAGAGAUCCUCCCCGCACACCAGACACGCCAGCCCGGGAAACCCCAGGACACUGUGAUAUUCAGAAGAGUGACCACCCGCACUGCUGGGACCCCUGUGUGAACUACUGCCAUUCUCAACAUCCUGGUCACUGUAAGACCUCCACGUGGACCUCUGCUUCCAGCAACCCAUCCAGCUCUCAGGAUUACUGCAAAUCGGUAGUCUGCACUAACUUCUCUCCUGGGUCCACUACCACGUCAGGCAUGACCAGCCAGGGCUCCAGCACGCUGCCCCGGGCCGCUCCUCCCAUGAGCCCACGGAACUCCAUGCUAAAGAGACGACAAAGGAAAAAAGAGCACAAAAGCUCCUGGUUUUCUCUGUGUUUAGCCGUGUCUUUAGCCUCAAGUUCUGUGGGCCCUGGUGGUCAGAUCGUCCACACCGAGUCCAGUGAGGUCACUCUGAGAGGAGACCCUCUAAACGGGUUUGGGGUUCAGCUGCAGGGUGGGAUAUUUGCGACGGAGACCCUCUCUGCACCCCCUCUUAUCCGCUUCAUAGAACCGGACAGCUCGGCCGAAAGGUGUGGGCUUCUCCAGGUUGGGGACAGAGUCUUGUCCAUCAACGGAAUUCCUACAGAAGACGGAACGCUGGAAGAAGCCAAUCAGCUGCUCCGAGACGCGGCUCUGGCCAAUAAGGUCACGCUAGAGAUUGAGUUUGAUGUAGCAGAGUCGGUCGUGCCUAGCAGUGGAACGUUUCACGUGAAGCUGCAGAAGAAGCGAGGAGUGGAGCUGGGCAUCACAAUCAGCGCCAGUAAGAAACCAGGAGAGCCUCUUAUCAUAUCUGACAUUAAAAAAGGCAGCAUGGCACACAGAACAGGAACUCUGGAGCCCGGAGACAAGCUGCUGGCGAUAGAUAACAUCCGUCUGGAGAACUGCUCCAUGGAGGACGCCGUCCAGAUCCUCCAGCAGAGCGAAGACCUGGUCAAACUCAAGAUCCGCAAGGAUGAGGACAACUCAGACGAGCAGGAGUCCUCCGGCUCCAUCAUCUACACGGUGGAGCUGAAGCGCUACGGCGGCCCCCUGGGGAUCACCAUCUCCGGCACCGAGGAGCCCUUCGACCCCAUCAUCAUCUCAGGCCUGACCAAGAGAGGCCUCGCCGAGAGGACCGGGGCCAUUCACGUGGGAGAUCGUAUCCUGGCCAUCAACAGCGUGAGUCUGAAGGGGAAGCCUCUGAGUGAAGCCAUACACCUGCUGCAGAUGGCGGGAGAAAGCGUCACCCUGAAGAUCAAGAAACAGACCGACGCAGAUGAUAAAAACAAAGAGAACGACCUGGAUAACGAUCUGAGCGACAACGAGGACGAGAUGACCGACUCUCAGAGGACCAAUAAGCUGUCGGACGUGUACUCCACCACCAUCCCCAGCGUGGACUCGGCCAUGGAGUCGUGGGACGGCUCGGGGAUCGAAGGGGUGUACGUCCAGCAGGCGGCGGGCAUCGCCCUGCAUCCUCACGAGUGGAGGAACAGCAAGCAGAGGAACAGCACGCCCCCUCCGUCCCGCCGCAAGAACUACCCCUUCAGCGACGGAGGCUUCAGCGAGGACGACUGGGACAAGGCCGCCGGAUACAGCAGUCAGCCGCACGCCGACGGCCUCAUGAUGGAGCAGGAGGACAGCUUCUGGUGUCAGGCCCUGGAGGACCUGGAGACCUGCGGCCAGUCCGAGCUCCUGAGAGAGAUCGAGGCGUCGAUAAUGACCGGCAGUGCCCUGAGUCUGGGUGUAGAGGGUGGAAAGGCCCACGGCGACACCGUCAACCAGCCUCACCUCAGCCCGCUGAGAAAAGCCCCGCAUCUCCUCAACGAAACCAAGAACAAGAGCACGCUCCGCAUGUCCGAGAAGACCUGGGAGUCCCGGAGGAUCAAAGAGGAGAUCCAGGACAUCCUGUCUCCCACACCGCUGGAGCUGCACAAGGUGGGAAACAUAGACACUGUGACUGUGAUGAAAGACCCCGAGAGCGAUGACUUUGGAUUCAGCGUAUCCGACGGUUUCCUGGAAAAGGGUGUUUACGUGAACAUGAUCAGACCUGAAGGUCCAGCGGACCGUGCUGGACUCAAACCGUACGACAGGAUCCUUCAGGUGAAUCACGUGCGGACGCGAGACUUCGACUGCUGCUUAGCCGUGCCCCUCAUCACCGAGGCCGGAGACAAGCUGGAGCUGGUGAUUAGCCGAAACCCGCUAGCCCAGCCGUCUGCCGCCCAGCCCCACGACUGCCAUCCUCACUUCCACCCCGUGGGUCAGCCCCGUGAGCAGCACACCAGCACGCUGGACCUGUGACCAGAGAUCGGAGCGCUCCACAGGAUCUGAGCCACUUCUUUCUUUCUUAACAGAACGAAGCAAAACAAAAGAAAAGUCACCGAACUACUAGAAGGCAUACCCUGAACACGGACAGGAUGUCCUGUCUUUUCUUUACUGCGGAGCCUAGCGUGUGACAGCAGGGGAAAAUCUCGAUAGAAUGGCCACAAAAUAAGAAUUCGUUUUCAUGACGUAAACGCUUUGCACUGAUUUGGUUCACGUACUGAAUCAUGACCUCCGCCAUGUUUUACUGAUUCGUCACUGCAUUUAGCAAGUCGUGGCCUCAUUAUUUUAGGAAAUCAUGGUCAUGUUGUAAUAAUGGGUUCCCUUGGUUUAACAACAUCACGCUCAUAUGCUACGGAUUUCUUCCCUUGUUUCAGUUGUUUUACUGAUUUGUUUCCUUGUUUUAUUUGUCGAUUCAUUUUCUAGUUUUAGUAAGUCGGCUCUAAUUCGUUCCCUUGUGCAUUCAGCUAAAACAUAGAAAUUUAAUUUAAUUUUUAAUUUGUGGCCAAAAUAUCGAUUUUUUCCCCCUUACACUCUUUUCAUUUCAUUUUCCUUUCUUUUUUUUCACAUAAAAACAUACUGUGUACAAAUGUUUACAAAACUAAAAAUAAUUCUGCUUUUGAAGUAGAUCGCCAUUAGACGUAAACGUUCUUUAAAUGUUUCGUAUGUUUCCAUGUUCAGUAGCAGUUUUUACUUCCAAAACAAACUAGGAAUUAGUCUUUAUUUUAGUUUUAGGCCUGGAUGAGUCACUGCAGGAACACCUUCAGGCACACAUUGUCCUUUCUCACAAACACAUACACCCUACUAUAAACAGACAAAACACCACCGUUCUUUGUUCCCUAAACGCAUAAACAGUAUAGACUCCCUACAAAUAAACUUAAAUCUGCCUCUGUGUGAGACACAAACAUACACACAAGCGCUCCGGGCCACGAGUGCCAUGACAACAAUACACACGGUGACUGCCUGCUGCUGCUUGAUAUCACCAACAAAGACUUCACCGCUGACCAAUCAACAACACUUCCUAGCAGUAUGAUGCACUUUCCAUGAAUCUGGUAUAUUUUAGUGUGACAUUAUUUCAAAAGACAGAAAAUCGCAUAAUACAGACACACACGCAUAUAUAUAUAUAUGUCAUGAGGUUGUUUAGAUAUGUUACAUAUUAUAUAACUCAAAAUGGAAGGCACAUAGUUCUAAACACACCACAGAUUAGUCAUGCUAUUUCGCACAAUGUGCAUAAUUUUAUCUUAUUUAUUUUUAGUUUUUAAAUUUUAUCCACCAGAAUCAAUAUUUAGCAUUUUGUGUUCAACCCUGUUACUUUAUAAAAUCCCAAUAAUAAUAAUAAUAAUAUAUAUAUAUAUAUAUAUGUAUUUAUAUAUAUAUAUAUAUAUAUAUAUAUAUAUAUAUAUAUAUAAGUAAAAAUAACAAGUAAAUAAUAUUUCCAUAAUACUAAUGUUAAGCUUGAUAGUUCAACUCUGUUAUUGUAAUAAAAAUUUUCAAACAAAUGUAUUUGAAUUAAAAUGAUUUGUCAAAUGCAGUUAUUAAUAACUAAAAACCAACAUUUGAUCCCAAACGAGUUGGCCUCUAACGAGAAAUGGCUUAAUUUCGGCAAAGUUUUAUAAACAGGGUUGAAAUAUAAAAUUGCUGGAAAAAUAAAACCAAAAAAUUAGACCAAAAUGAAUAAUCAAUAUUUUCUGAAGGAAAGUGACUGCGUACAAAAGUGUGCAGUUUUACCCAGUUUGUGCAAAGUGCAUUUGCUCAAGAUACUUUGAUGAGAAACAAGAACGUGUGAUAAUGACAAGCACACACUUGAUUUGUGACUCCCGUUUAGUGCGCGCGUGCUCUAGUACGUACUUCCAUUCCCUCAAACGGCCACCUGUACACUCAUGCACAUGGAGUUUGACUUCAUUGACAUGUCAUUGACUUCUUGAAAGCUUAUCGUAGUAAGUACAGUGGUAGCCCUACUCUUCUCAUACCUCUGUUGAUCUUUUAACACCAAACUGCUGCCGUAAUGUAGCAUUCGCUCCGGUCCCCGCCAGCGUCCAGGCCUCAAGGGCACGUUCUUUCACCCUCGACUGUCGCCAGGCUGCCAUUUACCCACCACUGGCCAAAUAUUACAAAUGUUUCCGCCACAAUCUAUUUCGGACACAUCAGUUCAGAAACGUUUGUAAAGCCAUCACACCGUACUUCAACUCGUGUUCGGCCCCCAGGUUUCACGAAGGUCACGUUUCUGUGGACAUGUGCAGUCUAUUAACCUCCACUAAACAUUCAUGUAGUGUUGCACCGACGGGAGAUUUAUGGUAUCCAUUGAAUAACUCUUGACAACUGAAAGGGGAACUGAGGACGUUCAGUGUUGUCUGUUGUGUGUCGUUUAGGUCAUGGAGUAUUCUGCUGCUAUGAGAACCCUCUUCUGUGGGACUGGUUAAAGCGGUUAAAGUGCACUGGCUUGAGGGUGUGUCUGAUCCCUUUGUGUGAGUUUGUAGGCUCUAGAUAUAUGGAAUCUGAAUGUCUUUGAAGUUUCUUGAGAAAUACCGUUGGGAUGCCUCCUGACUAGGUCUGGGAAUCAAUAACCGGUUUUAUUCUGCGAACUGGUUACAUUUUUUUUGCGUAUGCAAAAGGAACACUGUGUUCUAAAUACUCUAAAAAACAACAACGUCUUUAAUUGGGUUUCUUGAAAAGCACCGUUAGGUUGCCUCCUGACUAGAUUUGGGAAUCAAGAAGCAUUUUUAUUUCAGAAAAUUGUUCAAUUUUUUGCAUGGGAACACUGCGUUAUAAAUAGUCUAAAAAACUAAAACAUUGUCUUUUAAUUGGGUUACAAUUCCAAUACACAUUUGGAACAGACCCUACACUGUACUUUUGCAACUUGAUGGACAAGGUCAUUGUGAACUGUUGUAUGAAGCCGCAUAUUAUAAUAUACACACACACACACACAAUGCAUUUUAAUAAAUGACGCCAUAUAUUCUUAAAAAUAAAGGUUCCAACGUAGGGGGCUUUACAGUUUGUUAGUUUUUUAUCUAAAGAACAUUUUUAUGGAAUUAAAAAUUUCUGGACAUUACAGUCUUCUCACGGACCAUCAUUGUGAAUAAAGAACCUUUAUUUUUAAGAGUACGAGUCAAUAAUGACUCAAAUAAGUUUGGUUUUGCGGUUAAGUCCUCCUUCAAAACACCAAAAAGUCACUCACAUGGACUGACGAGAGCUGCUGUAUAUUUGUCUUUCUUGGUUCUUGCGUAUGGUUAUUAAACCAUAAGCAAUGCUCAGCUCAGCUAUACCCUGUUUUUCCCUCGUUCAGGACUUCCUGGUGUGAUUCGAGCCCUUUUCCCACACUUUAAAAGUCUGAUUUUUGGGGUUAUUUCUCCUUCAGUGUGGUCCUGUCCACACCAAAACACUUAUACCCUGUAAUUAUUUGUGGAUUAGGUGAAUUUAUUUCCUCACCCUGCAGUCUUUACUACCAUGUUGGAAGCACAAGCAAAAUCUAUUUGCAGUCAAGUAGAAAGCACUCAUUGUUCUACAAGACUUUGUUGAACAAUCCCAGUCUCUGUUCAGGCCCAUCGCAUUAGGAGUCUACCCAGGGCUUGCUCCUAGGCCCCUUUAAGUUUUCGUUUUUUUCCUCCCCGCUACCUUCCUGUCAGUUGCGUAAUUCUCCUAACUGCCUCCAAAAGCUGACUACAAAAAAAGAGGACCUUUAUUUUAUGUGAAAUUACUUUAUUUUGGGUCUACUUUGUGGUAGAACACAUUUUGUCUGCAGGACAUCACAUUGCAGGCAAGUAAGCGAGGUCUCAGAGAAAGGGACGGUUUGAUUUCGGAGAUGUUUCACCAUGGUAUUGUUCAGUGUAAGUAUUUUAACAUGUCGUAUGUACUAUUCCAGAAAGCAAGGCUAUGGGUUCCUUUUAUACGUGCAAUAUUGAGACCAGAAAAGGCUUUUAAAAGGAUUUUACAUAAGCUUUAUAAAGCUCCAAACGUGUUCAUCCCUAUGCAUUUUGAAUUCCUGAUUAAUGUAUGCAUUGAUAUUAAUGUGUAUUUUUGAAUGUGUAAUAUGAAAGUUCUAUUCUCUGUACAGUAUUUUUGUAUGAACUCUAAACCUUGCUGUUUCCACAGCGCAUUUGAAGCACAACGGAGAAAGAGAACCAAUAAUCAAGUCUAUUCUUCUUUGGCUAGACAAACCCAUUCCUAAUCGAUACAGGAAUGUGCUAACGAUAUCCUUUUCUAAAACAACUGAAUAAAAAGAGGUCAAAUGCA